GUCUCUCUCCCUCAUGAAUUCACUCGCGACACUACCGCGAGCGAGCGCGCCUUUCGAGUUUAUCAAACCCGCGAGUGACAGACAACAGAGUGCUGUGAGACGACAAUUCAUUUGGAGCAUCUGCAAUCAUGGGCACUCCCAUAGAGAACUUUGACGUUCACGCGGAUGUUACCUGCAACCCAAAUAACGUGCCUUCCGCUAUCGAACUCGUAGAAAGUUUAGAUGCAAUAGGUACUGCAUUGCUAAGCGUCGGUUCGAUAAUCUUGGUCCUCACAAUAUACUUCUCUGCUGAUGCUUGUCGCAAUAUCCUCUCCCAAAAAGAAUCGGAAUCUUAUAAAACAAAUGCCGUUAUAAUCCUAUUGGUAUAUCCUGUCGCAAGCGUUUGCAGUCUAAUGGCGAUUGCGAUACCAAGAGGCCAGUUACUAUCGGAGGCGGUAACUCAGAUUUUCUUAAUGAUUUCGAUGUAUCGCCUCUAUCUUCUCCUCUUGGACGUUGGUCGCCGGAAGACGAGCGAGACGCCAACAUUGAUGCUACGAGUUGGACCCUGUUGCUGCUGGCCCUGUCUGCCCUUUCCAAACCUUCAAAUGACCGACGCCAAUUUGUCUUGGAUAGGAAUUCUGGCCCUUCAGCUUCCUAUCGCCCAGAGUCUUCUUUACUUCAUAUUGUUAUAUAUGGAAGCUGAGGAUCCAAUGCUUGCCACGCAAUACGUCACGUUCCUUCAGCCGAUCAUGGUAAUCAGUAUACUUCUAGGAAUAUACAGUUUAACCAUCGCUACAAAGACUUUACAUGCAGCAGUCCCAGAGGCCAAGCUACAUUAUAAGACGAUGGUGUUACAAUUGGUAAUGUUGUUCUCUAAGCUGCAGACCGGUAUUAUCAGAGCCUUGCCCGCCGCGGGCGUAUUUCCGUGCAAUUCUCCCCUCACUCCGACAGUUUACGCCAACGUGACAAGCAACGCGCUGAUAUUAAUCGAGAUGAUGAUUCUUUGCUACGCCGCGCGGCACGUAUAUUACGUUAAUCUGGAGAAGAAUCAAGAAACAGACGCUACGGAUAGAGCGCCGAGGACAUCAGGUCAGGUAGACGCGACGAAUAGCAAUGACGGUAACAAACAGCUUCCAGCAACAGUGAUGACCGCAUGAGAUUUGACGAUUCAUCGAAGAUGUUAUUUAUUUGGGAAGACUUUCAUCACGAGAAAUUUACAUUUCCCGAAAGCACGCUUGACAUAUAACGAGAAAGAUAAUAGAUAACUCAAGAUAAUAGGUAAUACUCAUCGAGUAAAAAUAACUCGAAGGUCCAAGCUCUUAUUAUUAUAGAUAGCUUGAUAAGAUCGGCACUCGUACAGAGAUAGAACUGAUCUGCACAUUUUAACGAUUCGAGACUGAUAUUCUCUAACCAAUUAUGUAUAGAAGAGAUAUUAUGCACUUUCCGUUUUUUAUUUUUUAUCCUUUUAAUCUUCCUUGCUUAUAAUGAUGCUAAUAAUAAUUUUUGGAAUGUAUUAGAAAUAAGUACGAAUAAUUUAUUAGAAAUAAAUUAUAGGGAUAAUAUAUUAGGAAUAAGUAGGGACAAUGUACGAGUGUGAAACUAAAAUCAUGAAAAGUAUAGAUCUAGAUUCUCUCGUUUGAAAUGUAGUUCUUUGUAAAUAGCAAUUUGUAUAAGAUUAUAUAUGGUAACAUAUUAAGAAUAUACGAGCAAUUGUACAUGUAUAUUUCAUUAUAUAAUUGAAGAUUUUCAUUUCUUAAGACUCAAAUUUAAGUUAUAAGUAAAAAAGUAAAAUU